AUGGCCCAAAGAACAGUGCAGAAUAAGGAGGCUGCUCUCUGCUCAGAUGUCCACUGCCCCAAAGAGUCUUACAUUUUUAAAGUCGUUCUUCUGGGUAGUACCUCUGUAGGGAAGUCAAGCUUAGCCUACCGUUAUGUGAAAAAAGACUUCCGGGACUCCCUACCUACAGUGGGCUGUUCCUUCUUCACUCAUGUUCUAAGUUUAGAUAACACUAAAGUUAAGUAUGAGAUCUGGGAUACUGCAGGCCAAGAGAAGUACCACAGUGUCUGCCAUCUAUAUUACAGAGGAGCUAAUGCUGCUCUUUUGGUUUAUGAUAUCACUAGGAAGGAAAGUUUGGAGAAAGCAAAAGUAUGGCUAAGGGAAUUGGAGAAGGAAUUCCCUCAUGAUGAAAUAAUUAUAGUUUUGGUUGGCAAUAAAUUAGAUCUUUCACCUGAACGGGAGGUCACAUUUCAGGAGGCCAAGGAAUUUGCAAAAACAAAAAACAUGAUGUACAUGGAAACAUCUGCAAAAUCUAAUCACCAAGUGACAGAACUCUUCAUGACUCUUGCGCAUGAAUUGUUAAAACAGGAGCAACGGAAAGAAAAGCCAUUUCAAACAGCACAUUGGAAGAAAUCACGUGUUGAUCUGAGAGAAACAACUUUUCACCAAAAUAAAUGCUGCCACAAAUAA